UUGCUCCUUCGAUCCAAGAUGGCGGACGGUGGAGAGCAAGCUCUUGUGGAAAACGGUAAAUCAGAGGACGAAGAAGAGCUUGAUUUGGCGAAGUGCGCUGCGGAAUUUGCUCAGUAUUGUCAAGUGGAUGUAAGGAAGGAGUCCAAAUCUAUCGAGGAUAUCAUUGAGGAUAUGCUUGUUCGUUUGGAUGAAUUUUCCCAUCUUGCAGAUACGAUUCGCAAUGACUCUUCACAAUCCCUUAUGGAAAUUAUACCCCAGCUACAUGCAAGAUCUCAAGAAUUGCCAACAUUAUUCAGGAAGAUUGACCAACUAGAGGCUUUUAUGAGUGCUGUUAAGAAGAAUGUUGAUGAGGUGGAAGAAAGUGUGGCAACCGCAGAGAGAGAGCUUGGGAGUCAUACCAUUCAUAAAGUUCUGAGCUCUAUACCAGGACUUAGACAGAUGACUCAGAAUCCCCCAAAGAAAGAUAAAAAUUUGUCUGGCUGGCAAGCCCCAGCUGUAUUCAAGACCAGCGAUUUCUUUAGUUCAACAUUACAAGCUACAGAGAAACAGUCAGCAGAAGAGAACACUCAAGAAGCAACAAAACAAUCAACCGAGUCUUCAGCUGAUAAUCAAACAGACGACAACAGCAGCCACACAACAGAUAGAUAAAGAUAAAAAUUAGCAAAUUAUAACAAUAUUAUGGUAGUGAGAAUAUAAAAUUACCAGUAAUUUAUUGGUCAGUCCUGCAGAAUCAAGUUCAAAUUGUCUAAAUAGCUUUAGAGAAUUGUGUUCUCUGUUUUACUGGGCCGGGUUGUUCGAAAGCCGGUUAACGCUAACCCAGGAUUAAAAGUUAACCGAAGUAUUAAUUUUUCUUGUGUAAAAAUAUUUUUCGCUGCAUAUGUUUUGUGUAGUUUCAGAUUGCUCAAACUCAAGACUAAAGGAAAAACAAAAACAAACAAAAAAAAAAAAGAAAAGAAAAAGAAAACCUCACCGAAAAUGUAUAAAAAUCAAAGUUCUCGCUAAUCCUGGGUUAAUCGGGCUUUGAACAACCCGGCCCUGUCGUUAAUGUUAUGAGAUAGAUAGCGUGUCCUGAAAGAUUUAGCCAGACAGUUUUUCUAAACGUUAGUCGUUCGUAAUUCUUCCCAAUCUUUCCCAGUCUUUUCUUAUUUGGUUGGUUACUAUAUCUGAAGUGUAAACUAUAACUUGGUAGACUUAUUAGUACUCUAUUUAGGUAAAACAGACCAAGGAACGUCAAAACUAGAAAAGAUUGAGAAAGAUUUCAGUUAGGUAAUGUUUUUUUCUUUUUUUGAAAUCAAGUUAUAUGGUUAAAAAACGCGGUCUGUUAGGCUCAUAAAAAGUCUCUGUUUAUGUAGCGGAGAUGUGAAGCUCAAAGCUGCCCUGAAUUAAGGAUCGAAGAUGGAAAGGGUGGAAAGGGUGGAAAAUGCAUUAGAAGGCAAUUACUGUUAAGAUUUAUGAAAUUAGUUCACGUACCUCAUCAAUUUUACUAUGUCUAUACAUAUCAGUUUGGGAAAAAUCUUAAAUAACAGUAGAUAACUUCUUAACCUAAAGGGUAUCAAAUUUUAUACGUCAUGGACACGUGUAAUGGUUAUACAUAGUUGAGAAAUUUUAAUUAGUGCAAUCUUCCAAAGACCAUUAAAAGAGUUACAUCACGGUU